AUGCAGAUGGGUCUUUUCAAAGAAACUCAAAAGCUAACACUUCCUUAUUUCAGUAAUGGCAUUAUUAUCCUUGUUUUGAUCUAUGAUGAUGACAUUAAUCUCAUUGGGAACAAUAAUGCCAAUCUGAACAAGUUUAUUGAGAAGCUUGAGAAGCUUGAGAAGCUCUUCACUCAGAAAGAUCUUGGAGCAUUGCAUUUCUUUCUUGGCAUUGAAGUUGCUAGAAAAGAAGCAUGUCUUUACCUUACUCAGACAAAAUAUAUUGAGGAUCUGCUGGAAAAUAAAAAUAUGCAGCAUUUGAAACCCUUCCCUACACUUAUAGCUACAAACAAGUCUUUAUCUCUCACAGAUGGCAAACUGAUAAAGAAUCCAACUAACUACAAAAGCCUCAUUGGAGCAUUGCAAUACCUGAAUCACACCAGACCUGACAUCAGUUACGCUGUAAACACUCUAAGUCAGUUUUUUAAAUCUCCCACAACAUCACACUGGAAUACAGUCAAAAGAAUCUUGAGAUACCUCCAAGGAACCAGUACACAAGGCCUACAUCUCAGCUGCUAUGACAAACUUAAUCUUGUUGGUUUUUCUGAUGCAAACUGGGCUAGCAAUGUUAAUGACAGAAGAUCUGUUUGUUCAUACUGUGUCUAUCAUGGAGAGUCCUUAGUGUCCUGGUCUUCUAAGAAGCAGGCAGUUGUGUCAAGAUCUAGCAUAAAGACUGAAUACAGAGCUCUUGCUCGUGUCAGUGCUGAAAUAACUUGGCUUGAGUCAUUACUCAAUGAAAUCAAAUUUCAUCUUCUUGCUCUUCCCAUAACUUGGUGUGAUAAUAUAAGUGCAAGUGCCUUAGCCUUAAAUCUAGAUUAUCAUGGUCGCACCAAACACAUAGAGAUUGACAUACACUUUGUGAGAGAUAAAGUGUUGAACAAGGCAUUAGAAGUCAAAUUUAUUCCGUCAGCAGAUCAAAUAGCAGAUUGCAUGACUAAAACACUUUCACACUCAAGGUUCCACUACUUGAUUGCCAAACUCGGAGUGAAGAAUUCACCCCCUGGUUUGAGGAGUGGUGUUAAGAAAAAUGAUUAG